AUGCAGAUAGUGUUUACAAUCAACGGGAAAGUGUUUAAAGCAAACAGUGGCACCGUCCCUAUUGACACCUCGCUGGGAACUUUUCUACGCUACCAUGUGCAGCUCAAGGGGACCAAGUUCAUGUGCCGCGAGGGUGGCUGUGGGGCAUGCAUCGUCAACAUUAGCGGGCAGCAUCCCGUCACGAAGGAGAUUAUAUCGCUUGCGGUUAAUUCGUGUCUCUUCCCGCUGUUUUCCUGUAAUGGGCUUGAUAUCUUGACGAUCGAAGGAAUCGGUAAUAAACUGAACGGUUACCACCCGGCCCAGCAACGGUUGGCACACUUCAACGGAACGCAGUGUGGCUUCUGUUCACCCGGCAUGGUGAUGAACAUGUACAGCUUGCUGCAGGCGCGCCAGGGGAAUGUCACCAUGCGGGAGGUUGAGAAUGCGUUCGGCGGGAACAUUUGCCGCUGCACCGGCUACCGGCCGAUCCUGGACGCGUUCAAAUCGCUGGCAGUGGACGCGGAUGAGAAGCUACUGGCGGUCUGUCAGGACAUCGAGGAGAUGCCAAAAAUUUGCCCCAAGAGCAAAGGGCCAUGCACCGGUAGCUGUGCGACGACAGUGGCCCGGGGUGAGAUGGCCAACGAGGUCCACCUCUCGUUUCCCGGUGGACGCGAGUGGUACAAAGUCGAAAACGUGCAAAUGAUCUUCCGGAUCUUCGACAAGCUUGUCGAUACGCAAUCGUACAUGCUCGUGGCUGGCAACACUGCUACAGGUGUUUAUCGUCGUCCAAACGAUCUGGAAGUUUUUAUCGACAUCAGUUCGGUGGCCGAUCUGCGUGUGAAUUAUUUCAACGAAGCCCUCACAAUCGGCGCGAACGUUACACUGACCGAGCUGAUGGCCAUCCUGGAGGAGGUGAGUGUGACGAGCGGGUACGAGUACUGUCGCGAAAUUGUCAAACAUCUCGACCUGAUCGCCAACGUGCCGGUGCGCAACGUCGGAACGAUUGCGGGGAACCUAAGCAUCAAGCACGGACACCGAGAGUUCCCGUCCGAUGUGUAUCUGCUGUUGGAGGGUGUCGGUGCCUGUUUGACUAUCGCCACCUCAACCACGUCCACAAAAGUCGUCACGGUAGAGGAGUACUUAUCGAUGAACAUGCACAAGCGGAUCAUCCUGAACGUGUUGCUAUACCCGCUCGAUCCUCGGGAGUACUCCCUACGUACGUUCAAAAUCAUGCCACGCGCACAAAAUGCGCACGCCUACGUAAAUGCUGCUAUUCUUCUGCAGUGGCAGGGAUCAUCGAUUCGAACGGCAUCGGUUUGCUACGGUGGCAUAACAGCCGGUUUUACCCACGCGGUACAACUGGAAAGCUUCCUCGUCGGAAAGGAUAUCUUCGAGGAAUCCGUGCUCCAGGAAGCGCUGACCAUUUUAAGCUACACGAUCGUACCUACCGAAUCCCCACCGGAGGCAUCCGCAGAGUAUCGUAAACAGCUCGCCUUGACACUUUUCUACCGCGCCGUACUUAGCAUUGCUGGCGAGAGGAACGUAUCGAUCGAUCGAUUCUAUUCGUCCGGGUCAGAGGCGGGAGAAAGGCUGCUUUCUAAAGGCGAGCAAACGUUCGAUACGGUGCAGGAAAAUUGGCCCAUGACCAAGCACAUCCCUAAGGUGGAAGGACUCGCUCAAACGGCCGGCGAGGCGGACUACACGGACGACAUACCGAAUCUACCGCAGCAACUGUUCGGAGCGCUGGUACUGGCGACAAAACCGCGUACCAGUAUCGUUGGAAUAGAUGCCACGGCAGCCCUGUCUAGGCCCGGUGUGGUGGCUUUCUUCUCCGCCAAAGAUAUCCCGGGGACAAACAACUUCAUGCCAACGGAACUGGGAAACACGCACGUGGAGGAAAUAUUCUGUAGCGAACGGGUGUUAUACAACGGCCAACCGGUAGGAAUUGUACUAGCCGAAACGUUCGACGAGGCAUAUCGCGCAGCACGGUUGGUUGCGGUGGAGUACGGACCCUCGGAUGGCAAACCGAUCCUACCGAGCGUGAGGGACGUAAUGAGGCUGGGCAGCAGCGAACGCAUCCAUCCGAGUGACGAAGUACAAAUCGGUGAACGGUACGAAACCGGUGCCGGAUCGGUUCGAAUCGAAGGAAGCUUUGAUCUUCCCAGCCAGUAUCAUCUCUCCAUGGAAACGCAACAGUGCGUGUGCGUACCGGUCGAGGACGGUAUGGACGUGUACAGCUCGACGCAGUGGGUCGACAUUUGUCAGAUAGCGAUUGCACGCGCCCUGCUGGUGCCAGAGAACAGUCUAAACUUCCGCAUCCGCCGUUUGGGCGGUGCUUUCGGGUCGAAAAUAUCGCGCGCAUCGCAGGUGGCAUGUGCGUGUGCCAUUGCGGCGCACUUUACCCAGCGUCCGGUGCGGCUGAUACUAUCGCUGGAGGACAAUAUGGCGGCCAUCGGUAAACGGUCCGCUUGUUCGAGCACGUACGAGGUUGAGGUGGACGGUCGCGGAAAGGUGCAGCGGUUGUUGAACAAGUUCUACCAGGAUUCCGGCUGCAGCUUGAACGAACCGGUUGAGAAGGUGACGUUCCUGUUCUACCGCAACUGUUACGACACGAGCGCCUGGAAGGUGUUGGGCCACAGUGUGCUGACGGAUUCACCCAGCUCUACCUACUGCCGGGGUCCCGGAACGAACGAGGGCAUCAGUAUGGCGGAGAACUUUAUGGAACACAUUGCGCACCAGCUCGGUUUGGACCCGUUGGAAGUGCGAAUGCAGAACCUGCCGGAAGAUAGCAAGAUCCGAGAGCUGCUACCAAUGUUUGCCAAGGAUGUUGAAUAUGAGGUGCGACGGGUUGAAAUCGAACAAUUCAACGAAACUAACCGCUGGCUCAAGCGUGGAAUCGCUAUCGUACCGAUGAGAUAUCCGCAGUACUUCGUGGGGUCUUUGCACGCUCUUGUGUCGGUGUAUCAUGCCGAUGGAACCGUUGCCAUUACCACCGGGGGUAUUGACAUGGGGCAGGGUGUGAACACCAAGGUAACCCAAGUGGCCGCCCGCACUCUCGGUAUUCCGAUGCACAUGAUCAAGGUGAAGGCAAUGGCUAAUAUAACCUCACCGAAUGCAAUCGUGUCCGGGGGCAGCAUGACCAGCGAUGCCGCCUGCUACGCCGUCAAGCAAGCCUGCGAACUCCUACGCAAACGCAUCGAACCGGUGAGGGAGCAGAAUCCAGCCGCAUCCUGGGAAACGAUCACGCAGCUUUGCCACCAACAACACGUGGAUCUUUGCGCCCUCUACCAGUACAACGUGAAAGAGAUGGAGCACUACGUCGUGUGGGGACUAACGUGCGCCGAGGUCGAAGUUGACAUCCUCACCGGGAACGUACAGAUACGACGCGUCGACCUGCUGGAAGAUGUCGGCGAGAGCAUCAGUCCGGGUAUCGACAUCGGGCAGAUCGAGGGCGCGUUCGUGAUGGGCAUCGGGCUAUACUUCACCGAGCAACUCGUUUACGCCGACGAGUCGGGUCAGCUGCUGACGAACCGCUCGUGGAACUAUAAACCCCCGGGAGCGAAGGAUAUUCCGGUCGACUUUCGGGUGAAAUUUUUGCAGAAAACGCACAACGAAAACUUUGUGCUGCGUUCAAAGACGACCGGCGAACCGGCGCUUAAUAUGACGGUGUCGCUGCUGUUUGCCUUACGAAUGGCACUCAAUUCGGCACGCAAGCAGGCUGGACUGUCCGCCGAAUGGUAUCCAAUCGAUGUUCCAGCGACGCCCGAACAGAUUUGUCUUCUGGCGGGGAACAAGAUAGAUCAAUUUAAACUAAAAUAA